AUAAUGGGCCUGGCCCGUUCCGGUUUUCCAAGAUCCACCCCCCCCCCCCCCGGCGCGGGUUUGCCUGCAAUACUCUCGAAUCUCGACUAUAUUUAUUGACUACCUGAUAAUUACCGCCGACAACAGAAAGCAAAAACCCUAAGAAAAUCCUGUUAGAUCGUCAUUCAAACCUGAAAAAUGGGAGUAGAGAAGCAAGUCAUCAGGCCUGGAACCGGUCCCAAACCCACUCCCGGUCAGACCGUCACCGUUCACUGUACUGGAUACGGGAAAAAUGGAGAUUUGUCUGAGAAAUUCUGGAGCACAAAGGAUCCAGGGCAGCAACCUUUCUCUUUCCAAAUUGGCAAGGGCUCUGUUAUAAAAGGAUGGGAUGAAGGUGUGAUGGGAAUGCAAGUGGCAGAAGUUGCUCGUCUUCGGUGCUCCCCAGACUAUGCUUAUGGUGCUGGUGGGUUUCCUGCAUGGGGAAUACAGCCAAACUCGGUUCUCGAAUUCGAGAUUGAAGUCCUAAGCUUGAAGUGAGUAGCAGGCAGUUGGUGACUGUCGAGAAAUAAUAUGUAGCCCGAAUAACUCACCUGCGAUGAACAUAUAUAGAUAUUAUGGGGUAGCAUGUAUGAAUAUUAAAUGAGUAUCAAUAUGAGUCAUCUUAUUCAUGUAUGACAGCUCUUCAGUGGUGACUUUUUCUUCUAAUAAUAUAAGAUACUCCGCAGCAGUUUCUCCAGGUAA